CUAAUCGUCAUAAUCACAUGUCAUUUGCACUAUCAAUCAGCAAAACACCUUUUAGCUAGCUAGCUAGCUAUAAAAUCCCUGGUCUCUUAAUUCUUUUUAAAAGGCAGUUUUUCAGUUGCAAUGGAUGAGGAGUAUGAUGUGAUCGUGCUGGGAACCGGGCUAAAGGAGUGCAUUCUCAGUGGCCUUCUCUCCGUGUCGGGGAUGAAAGUACUCCACAUGGACAGAAACAAGUACUACGGAGCGGACAGUGCCUCUCUGUCCCCACUGGAAGAGCUGUACAAGCAUUUUCAAAAGGGAGAUCCCCCUGCUGAUUUCGGGCGUGGCAGGGACUGGAAUGUUGACCUUGUCCCAAAGUUCCUCAUGGCCGACGGCCAGCUGGUGAAACUCCUGAUUCACAGUGGAGUCACCCGUUACCUGGAGUUCAAGAACGUGGAGGGUAGCUACGUCUACAAGAAAGGUGGCAAGAUUCACAAAGUGCCCGCCUCUGAAGCGGAGGCCCUCACAAGCAGUCUUAUGGGACUUUUGGAGAAGAGGCGUUUCAGGAAUUUCAUGUUAUGGACCGAUGACUUCAACAAGGAUGAGCCUGCCACUUUCAAAGGUAAUGAUCCCCAAAAGCCAAUGAAAAAUGUCUUCGAAAGCUUUGGACUUGAUGGCAACACGCAAGACUUUAUUGGCCAUGCCCUCUGUCUCUAUAGAGAUGACGAGUACAAGAGUAGACCUUGUGUGGAUGCAGUGGAGAGGAUCAAGUUGUACACUGACUCAUGGAAACGCUACGGCAAGUCCCCAUACCUCUAUCCACUCUACGGGCUGGGAGAAUUGCCUCAGGGAUUUGCAAGGCUGAGUGCCAUCUAUGGUGGGACGUACAUGUUGGACAAGCCAAUCGAGGAGAUUGUGUAUGAGGGAGGGAAAGUGGUGGGCGUCAAGUCACAGGGAGAGGUUGCCAAGUGCAAGCGUGUGAUUGGAGAUCCCAGCUAUUUCCAAGACAAGGUCAAGAAAGUGGGACAGGUUGUCCGCUGCAUCUGCAUCAUGAAGCACCCCAUCCCCAACACCAAAGACUCCGCCUCCUGCCAAGUGAUCGUACCACAGAACCAAGUCGGGCGCAGCUCAGAUAUCUACGUGUCUGUUGUGUCCUUUGCCCACUGUGUUGCCUCCAAGGGCUACUACAUCGCCAUGGUGAGCACCAAUGUUGAGACAGCUAAUCCUGAGGAAGAGCUGAAGCCAGGACUUGCCAUUCUUGGACCAGUGUUGGAAAAGUUUGUGAGUGUUACUGACUCUUUUGUGCCGACUGACAAUGGACUGGACAGCCAGGCGUUUGUGAGCAAGUCAUACGAUGCCACCACACACUUUGAGACCACCUGCGAUGAUGUGUUGGACAUCUACAAGCGUGUCACUGGGGAAGCAUUCGACUUCUCCAAGGUAACCACUCAGGUGGAAGCUGCCCAGUAGUAGAAAAGAAGAACACUUGUACCAUAGGCAAUUUAUAGUUGAAGACUGUGUUUAUUUGAGAUAUAGCUUAUACUGUUUGCAUAUAAGACUCUCAACAACAAUUGGUUUAUAUUGGUAAUGUGUAUGUUAUAAUAGUGUGUGUUUACUUCUAUAGAGAUGAGUUUUUGUGGUUUUUGA